AUCAGUUUCAAUUUCUCGUUAAAAUCAUGCUUCUCAAACCUCCUGCAACUCUCUUCUUCCAAAACGGUGUCGUUUUCGGAAACGGUGUAGUUUCGACUCCGCCGGCGAUCGUUUGUGCGGCGGCGAAAGGUGGUUCUCCUCCGAACAGUAGAACGAUUACAGGUGUGGUGUUUGAACCGUUUGAGGAAGUGAAAAAGGAGCUCAGUCUUGUACCUAAUGCUCCUCAACAGUCUCUUGCUCGUCAAAAGUAUGCUGAUCAAUCUGAAGCUGCUGUUAAUGAGCAGAUUAAUGUUGAGUACAACGUUUCGUACGUGUACCAUGCCAUGUAUGCAUACUUCGAUAGGGACAAUAUUGCUCUCAAGGGUUUAGCCAAAUUCUUUAAGGAGUCCAGCGAAGAGGAAAGGGAACAUGCCGAAAAGUUUAUGGAAUACCAGAACAAACGCGGUGGGAAAGUGAAGUUGCAAUCUAUUUUGAUGCCUUUAUCCGAGUUUGAUCAUGCAGAGAAAGGAGAUGCACUUUAUGCAAUGGAGCUUGCAUUGUCGCUGGAGAAAUUAACAAAUGAGAAACUACUACACAUGCAAGCGGUAGCCAACAAGAACAAUGAUGUCCAAUUAGCUGAUUUUGUUGAAAACAACUUCUUGGGUGAACAGGUCAAGGCGAUUAAAAAGAUGUCUGAAUAUGUUGCUCAGUUAAGAAGAGUCGGCAAAGGACACGGAGUUUGGCAUUUUGAUCAGAUGCUGCUCGACGAAGUGCUGCCGUUUGAUGUAUUGUGAAGGUUUUGAGGUCAUUUCGAUAUUAGCUGAUCGGCUAGGUGUGUAGUUCUUUAUUUUCCUACUAUGUUUUUUUUUUUUUUUUCAAAUGCUUGACCUUAUUUUGGUUUAUUUGUAAUGUGGUUAGAUUUUUAUCUUUAAUACAUCCGCCUUUAAGCGUC